GCUUUCUGUUCUUUUCCAGAUUCUUGCGUUGGUCGCGGUGAGAAAAGCCAUGGAUUAUGUGUUCUCGCAGCACGAUCUCAGUUACCUGGAUGACAUCAUGCCUGAGAAAGACAAGAAGAAGAAAGAGGACGAGAAAAAGAAGAAGAAAAAGAAAGGGAGCAUUGACAGCGACAUGAACGACUCGGAUUUUCCAGCCAGUGAGAACAUUCCCAGCAUAAAGAUCUCCAUGGAGGCCAUGGAACAGGAGCCAGUGCUGGGGGAGAAGCCCUCAGACCGAAAGCCCAUGUCCUUCCUCACUCCCUACUGAUGGAAAGCACUUUUUCCUUUCCAAGACUGUGUCAAGUCAGGAUUUAAACCCCUUUAAGAAAACUGUGCCUCAGAUUAGAAUCGAUUUGGACCCCGACAACAACAAAUUCUUCUGGAAAACUCCAGCCUCCGAAACGUCUCUUUAAGCACUCCUGAAAACACUUUCUCACACACACUUUUAGGUCCAGAUGAUGGUUUGGUCAAUCAGCUAAACAGGAAUGUUUCUUUUUAAAGUCCAAAAAAGACACAUGUCAUUUCGACACUACAACC